GUUCAAGGGAUGGGCCAUCGAGCGCAAGAGGGCAAAGCUGACGGCAAGUGCCUGUUUGUGACUAUGGAUGGCAUCCUGACGCCGACCCGCCCCACCGACAAGCCCAUGCAUCUGCACCUAAAGGACGUCAACAAAAUCGGUGGCAAGGGAACGGAAACCGAUGUGAACAAGCUCGAUAUCGCCAUCGUAUUCGCCCCGGUCAAGUCCGUCGAAAUGCACCAAAAAGCCAUGCCGGAGGCCGUGUCCGGAAACAACGUCAAGAACGUGUCUGUCGAGGAGUGCGUUGUGGUACGUCGCCGACUCAAAGAACUUACCGCCCAGGUCAUCGUGCUGAACCACCCCGGUUAAAUCUCCAACGUAUACAUCCCAGUGCUGGCUUGCCACACCGCAAGUCCACCAAGGAUCAUCCAAAGUCUAUCGAGUCUGGUGAUGCCGCUAUCGUCUUCCGGGUCCCACCCAAUCCUCUUUGCGUGGUAGCCGCAAAGGCCACCAAUCAACAUUCGAUACUAGCGACCGCGAGGACAGUUCUCUUGAGUGAACCAGAAGACGACUUCCGUUUAUUUCCUGCGGGUACUUGAAUUCAGCUAUUUUCAAAGGAGUCAAUCAAAACUAAUAA